AUGGGGCCAAUAUUCUACAUACUGAUUGCUUUGCCUUGUACAAUUGGGGCAAUUGCGUUGGCGCUUCUCCACAUUUACAUGCACCUCAUGAAUUAUACUGAACCCAUAUAUCAGAGAUACAUUGUCCGAAUUAUCUUUAUGGUUCCUGUUUAUGCAUUAAUGUCAUUCUUGGCCCUCGUCAUAAAUAAGGGUGCAAUCUACUUCAAUUCUAUCAGAGAAGUAUAUGAAGCUUGGGUCAUUUAUAACUUUCUGUCAUUGUGCUUAGCCUGGGUGGGUGGACCGGGUGCUGUGGUGUUAAGUCUGAGCGGCAAAGUUCUAAAGCCAAAUUGUUGGUCAAUGACAUGCUGCUUAGCUCCAGUUCCAUUGGAUGGUCGCUUUAUACGAAGGUGCAAGCAAGGAUGCUUGCAAUUUGUGAUCCUCAAACCUAUGCUAGUAGCGGUUACAUUUAUACUUUAUGCGAAAGGGAAAUAUGAAGACGGAAAUUUCAGUCCAAUGCAAUCCUACCUCUAUCUCACCAUUAUUUAUACAAUCUCAUACUCAGCAGCACUUUAUGCCUUGGCCUUGUUCUAUGUGGCCUGUAGAGAUUUGCUUCAGCCAUUCAAUCCAGUUCCAAAGUUCAUAAUUAUCAAGUCAGUUGUAUUUCUUACUUAUUGGCAGGGGGUUUUGGUUUUUCUUGCGGCAAAGUCUGAUCUAAUAAAAGAUACAGUGGAAGCUGCAAACUUUCAAAGUUUUAUAAUUUGUGUCGAGAUGCUCAUUGCAGCGGUUGGUCAUCUUUAUGCAUUCCCAUACAAGGAAUACGCUGGUGCAAAUAUUGGUGCUUCUCGUGGCUUUACAGCAAGCCUCACACAUGCUCUGAAAUUAAAUGACUUUUACCAUGAUACUGUCCACCAGUUUGCACCAACAUAUCACGAUUAUGUUCUCUAUAACCAUAAUGACGGUGACGAGGGAACAAGGAAAUACAGGGCACGAACCUUUGUUCCAACUGGCCCAGAAAUGGACGCAGUUAGACGGAAUAAACAUAUGUUUGGUAACAAAUCAGAAGAUGUACAUUUUUCCAGUUUAUCAUCUCCAGCCAAUUAUGCUCCUCAGAAUCCAGGCAUGGGGCAAAAUCUCGUGAAAUCAGAGGCCGUUAACACGUCAUUACUCAUGGACGCAUCGAGUACUCUCUCUGUGCCUUAUGACCUUUCCCUCAUUGACUUAGACAUGUCUAAUAACUCGGCAAAAGUGCCUGCAGCCAAAUGA